CCCCCCUCCCUGCCCCUUCCCCCGCCCCGACAGCAGCAUGACCGGCAGCUCUCCCCCGAAAAGCGACGCCUCUUGGCUGGGCCUGCUGUACCAGAGUGCGGCGGCCGAGCCGGUGCAUGCCUUCGCCGAGCGCGCAGCCCGGGCCACGCUCCAGUGCGCGUCGGUAUGCUCGGGCCUCUCGCUGCCGGCCUCCUUCUCGCCGGAGGACUUCCACCUGCCGUCGCCGAUUCUGAUCGAGGAUGCCGAGGACCUGAACUCCGGCGGUGCCAGCGUCCUCGCACUGAAGAGCGGCCUCUCGCGCACGCUCCUGUCGCUGGAGCUCCUCCUGUCACACGGCCUGCGUCCGGGGCUGGCCGUGGCCGCCGAUCCGAAUGGCCGGGUGCCAUCGUUCUUCUCGUCGCUGCGCAUGGCCGCGGCCGGGGCCGCUGCCCCCGCGGCCGGGGCCACCGGCCCUGCCUCUGGCUUGCUUACCUUCUGGGACGCCUUGGCGACCCUCGGCUCGGCGGCCGGGCCCCUGGACGGCAUGCCGGAGCAGCUGCCGGGAUCCAUCGAGUCUGUGGCGCACAUGGACCAUGUUGGAUCGUCGCUCGGCCGCCUGCGUGCCUGGCUGCGGAAGCUCCUGAUGGAGAAGUCCCUCGGCCAGUUCCUGCGUUUUCUCCUGACGCAUGAGGGUUUCCUCCGUGCCUCGUACGAGCCUUGGGCUGCUGUCUUUUCCGAGGAGAUGACCAACAUCCUUGGAUUGCUGGACUGCUUCGCUUCCUUCGAUCUUCUCUUCGACCUGCGAACUGCUCAUGCUGGGUCCCCGGCCCCGGAUGCCGACUUCUUCUUUGCCCUGGACGAGCUUACCAAGCUCUCCACCGGCACCAAGCGCCCGGCUGCCCAGACCCCCGGCCCGGUCGUCGGCUCUGACAGCACCACCAGCCUGGCUGGCCUCCGGGGGUCGGUGGAUUCUUUCCAUGGCCUGGCCAAUCGCACCAACUCCUACAGCCCGUCGCCGGAGCUGGACCACCUUGACUUCGAUGACACCCUCGCUGGGGACAUGCACCAUCACCAGCUGCAUCAUCAUCAUCAUCACCACCACCAUGGGGACUUCUUGGAGGAGGACAGAUUGGCCGAGUCCCAGCUGGAGCGCCUGUCUCUGGGCGGAGGCGCCAAUGACAGCAGCGGCGCCAAUAGCGAUGGUGAGGGCGCCGCAGCGGCCGACUUGGCUGAGAAGCACAACCACCUGACCGAGGAGCUGGUGAUGGUGCGCACGCAGCUGGAAUCCGAGCAAAGCCUGCGCACAUCACUCGAGCAGGAGGUCACGCGUUUGUCGGAGGAGCUGGCUCUAUUGGCGAGCUCCGCGGCGACAGCGGUGGCCGAUGCCCAGGAGCAGCUGGCCGAGGCGAAGGCCAACGAGCGUACCGCCUCUCUGGAGCUGGAGCUGCAAUCUGCCACUGAGCAGGUCACCUCCCUGACCGCCGAUGUGAAGCUUGCCACCGAGCGCACGGCCGCCCUGGAGGCCGAUCUCCAGGCUGCCCAUGAGCGCGUCGCUGCCCUGGAGGCCGAGCAGGCCGGGCAGGCCGAGCAGCUGGCCAGCAGCCAGGCGCAGCUGGCCAGUGCCCAGGCCGAGACCCAGGCUGUGCGUCAGUCGCUGGCCGAUACGGCUGCCGAGGCGUCCGGCCGCAUUGCCCACCUGGAGGGCCAAGUGUCCAUGACCACCGAGCGUUUCGAGCGCCUGGCCAAGGCCUUCAGCGCGGAGAAGGCCCGCCUUGCGCAGCUGACCGCCGAGAAUGAGGAGCUGGUCCGCCGUGUCGCCGACCAGGCCUCCGCCGAGUCGUCUGCUCCCGAUGCGGCCCCGACUGAGGACACGACCGAGCUUCAGUCGACCAAGGAUCGCCUUGCCGAGGUUGAGCGCGAGCGUGACAACCUUCUGGCCCAGAUCCAGACCCAGGCUCGGGAGCUGGAGGACCUGAGCACCGAGCGGGCGGCCGUCACGGGCGCUCUCGACAAGGCCAACUGGCUGAUCGCCGCCCUGACCGACACGGCGCAGGUGGUUGAGUGUGUCCCCCCCGGGGCCGAUGGCGCCGAGGAAAGCGAGGCCUCGGAGGGGGGCCUGCUGCCGCUGGCAGAUGGCAAGUCUGCUGCCUCCCGCCGGCCGGUGGGCGAGGACGACAUCACCGACGACGAGCCCGAGAUGGAAGCCCCCAUGUCGGAGGGCGAUGACGAGCUGGAGUCGUACUGAUUUCGUGGCUCAACCCAGCACCCAUGAAUGUUAUUUUGACCGCAUA